AUGGAUGUGCGUCUCUCGCUGUGCGGUGUGGUGCGCUGCGGUGCGUGGCAAAUUCAAACUAAGACUAGAUCCAAUCCCAAACGCCUCAACAUGCCUCGAAUGCUGCUCUACAGUUUGGUUAUCGCCGCCCUCGCCCUCGCCCUGGUCCAGGCCUGCCAUCAGGUCCAUCAUAAUCUGACAUUUCCUGCCGUGAGUGAAGUCUGUUCUGGGCGCAGCCUUGGCCAGAGUUUGACGAGGGAUCUGUCCACGAUGUCGCUGGAGGUGUCUGCCCUGGCCAAACUCUGCCAUUAUGGGAACCCUUUUUCGCUGGGGCAUUAG